AUUACUGUCAUGAGUCCCAAAGUGGGAGUGGCCACAGGUGUUCAGGCUUUGGAAGACAAGUAAGAUCAUGUCGAGGAGUGUCCAGUGGACGGAGAGGCUUGGGGGUCAAUGGUGACCGUGGUAAGAACUGAGUCCAUGGAGUGGGGGCGGGGGAGAAACAGCCUAGAGUGGGAUGAGGAGGGAGAGGGAGGCGAGGGUAAAAGUUAGGCAAUUCGAAGAAUGAAGCUGUGGGACUUCCCUGGCGGUCCAGUGGGUAAGACUGCACUCCCGAUGCAGAGGGCACGAGUUUGGGGAAGAUCCCGCAUGCCGUGUGGUGUGGCCAAAAAAAAGAAAAAAAAAGAAGAAGAAAGAAUGCCGCUGUGAAGGGGUAACGAGAGGGGCAGCUGGAGAGGUUUUUUUUAAAGCUGGGAGAGGGUGGUGGUUGGAGUCCGCUCCCAAUCUCCUGGUGAAGAAGGCUAGUAGGCAAAAGCGGGACCAAAAGGAGGGCUUGGGGAAAGUUGUGGGAGGAGGUGAUAAGGGCCUGCGUCCGGGAGCGGACCGAUCCCCGGGUCCCAGGACCCCCUAUCAGGCUGGCAUUUCCUCCCCAUCUCCACCCCCUUCCUGCCGCUGACCAGGCCCUCCCUGGAGCUGGAAGAGAGAAGGACCAAGUCACACCCUGGAAGAAGCUCUGUGGCUCCGGAGGUCUUUUUGCUGGCCUGUAAGCUGGGGCCGGGGGAGGAGGGGGCCUGAGGGACGGAUAGCAGCCAAGGACCUGGAGCUAGCAGUUUAGGCUUUGGGGGGCAAGGGGAGGGAAGGGGAGUGGAGGAGGGGAGGUGUGGGAGCUGAGUUUCUGGAAGGGAUCCUGGAGGCUGCAGUGGGGGCUGGGGCCUGGAGGAAUACUGCUGGGGGCCGGAGGGGCGCCCACUCAAGCCCCCCUUGCCCACAGGUCCCCAUGCCUCUCUUCCUCUUGCUGCUCCUGCUGCCAAGCCCUUCACGCUCCCACCCCAUCUGUGGCAUCAGCAAAGUGGCCAGUGAGGUGGAAAUGAACUGUGAAAAUAAGGGGCUGAAGGCACCACCUCCAGGUCUGCAAGCAGAAACCAACAUCCUCCGCCUGGGUGGGAACCCCCUGGGCACCUUCUCCAUGGUGUCCAUGGUGCAUCUGACUCACCUCACUCAGCUGCACCUGGAGAAGAGCCAGCUGACCAGCCUGCAGACUGACGCGACGCUGCCCCGGCUGGAGACCCUGAUUAUAUCCCACAAUACGCUGAGAAGCCUGCCCUUGCUGGGACGGGCGCUGCCGGCACUCUAUACCCUGGACGUCUCCUUCAACGAGCUGGCCUCAUUGUCUCCUGAUGCCCUGGAUGGCCUGAGCCACCUCCAUGAGCUCUACUUGCGUGGCAACAAGCUGAAGACUCUGCCCCCCCGGCUCCUGCAGCCCACGCCCAAGCUGAAGAAGCUCAACCUGGCUGAAAACGGGUUGAGUGAGCUGCCCCCUGGGUUCCUGGAUGGGUUGGAGGAACUUGACACCCUGUACCUCCAGCGGAACUUGCUGCGCACGAUACCAAAAGGCUUCUUUGGGGACCUCCUCCUGCCUUUUGCUUUUUUCCACGACAACACCUGGUUCUGUGACUGCGGGAUCCUCUAUUUCAGCCACUGGCUGCAGGACAAUGCCAACAACGUGUACAUAUGGAAGGAGGGUGUGGAAGCCAAGGCCAUGACCCCCAACGUGACGAGCGUGGGGUGUGUCAAUUUGCCCAACACGUUUGUCUACACCUACUCAGGGGAGGGCUGCCACACCCCUGGCGACAGGGACAGCAUAGACUACGAUGUCUACGAAGAGGAUGACAAGGUGCCUACCACAAGGGCUGCGGGCAGCUUCUCUACCCACACCAGUGCCCACACCACCCACUGGGGCCUGCUUUACUCCGUGCCGACUGCUCCGCUAGGCCCCCAAGUGUCCUCCUUGCCUCCAACUAAGGAACAGACCACGUUCCGAAUUUCUACAGGACCCAGCACAUUCUCCAAGACUCUAAAACCCACCCCCGAGCCCACAGCCCCGAGCACCCCCGAGCCCACAGCCCCGAGCACCCCCGAGCCCACAGCCCCGAGCACCCCCGAGCCCACAAGUGAGACCCCAGAGCCCACCAUAUCUUUAACCUCCACAGAACCCACUUCACUUCCCACUAUCUUAGAAUCCACCACAGCCACCAUCUCUGAAUUUGUCAACCUCCUGAAGGCCCAGGGGGUGGCUCAGUGGAAUGCGGAGAGUUCCAGAAAUGACCCUUUUCUCAACUCUGACUUUUGCUGCCUCUUCCUGGGCUUCUAUAUCUUGGGUCUCCUCUGGCUCCUGUUUGCCUCUGUGGUCCUCAUCCUGCUGCUGUUCUGGGUCCAGCACGUGCAACCACAGGCCCUGGCCACAGUCACACACACCUCGCAUCUAGAGCUGCAGAGGGGAAGGCAAGUGACAGUGGCCUGGGCCUGGCUGCUUUUCCUCCAAGGCUCGCUCCCCACUUUCCGCUCUAGCCUCUUCCUGUGGGUGCGGCCUAACGGCCGUGUGGGGCCUCUACUGGCAGGACGGAGGCCCUCAGCCCUGAGCAUGGGUCGUGGUCAGGACCUGCUGGGGACAGUGGCUGUUAGGUACUCUGGCCACAGCCUCUGA